UAUUCUUCCUUCAACUAUGAAUACUCCCACGGGAGUUUUAUGAAAAAAAUCAAAGCCCCUUAUCGGAUUUGAACCGAUGACUUACGCCUUACCAUGGCGUUACUCUACCACUGAGUUAAAAGGGCCUGUUUGAUUCAAUUCCUGAAUAAGCCACUAGUCACUAUGUCCUUGUUUAAGUGUAUAAACAUAUUAUAUGUUAUAUGUAUAUAAAUCCAUCGUAUACAUUAUAAUAUAUUUUCAAUAUAUAAUAUAGCGGUUCACUUAGGAAUGAGAAAUUUGAUUUACAUAAUCAGUAUAGGGUGUACUUUAAAGUAUAAAUAUAAGUAAAAAAAAAUUUAUUGAUAUUGGAUUUGAUAAAUAUCAAUGCAAUGAAUUGUUUGAAGACAGAUCCUAAUUGACAUCAUAACGAAAUUCAUUUGAUUGAUACCUGUACCUACUUCAACCUAGAUCAAAAAUAGUUCCUCGAAUUAUUAAUAAAGCGAUUUGGCCUGUCCCCCAAACAAAAUUAUUAAUUAUUAGAGAAAAAAAAUUCAAAUUUUAAGGAAAAAAAAAAAGAAAAUAGAUUUAGUUAUGGAAUUAUAGAAUGUCGAUUAGAAUGAACGAGUCAUGAAUAGAAAUUAUCAAAAAAUUAUAUAUAAUCGUGAAAUAUAGAAAGAUCCUUUGAAUUGAGUCAUACGCUUCCAUUAUAUUGACAAUUUCAAAAAACUAUUCAUACUAUGAUCAUAGUAUCAUGGCGGUCGGGCAAGUAUGCCCCCAUCGUCUAGCGGUUUAGGACAUCUCUCUUUCAAGGAGGCAGCAGGGAUUCGACUUCCCCUGGGGGUAGGGUACUACGAAAGGAAGUUGAUCAUGGAUUAUCACUAAGCCUGGAUUGAUUCUUCCCGGGUCGAUGCCCGAGCGGUUAAUGGGGACGGACUGUAAAUUCGUUGGCAAUAUGUCUACACUGGUUCAAAUCCAGCUCGGCCCAAAAAUUCUUCGUUCUGCCAUGAAAUGAUAAACCAUUUGUUCUUCUCCAGAAAUGCUCGAUACCCAUUGAAAAAAUCAAAAGUCAAACUUUUCUAUUUUGAUAUUGAUAUAUCUUACCGUUAUCGCUAUUUAUUUACUCUAUUUCUUUAUUUCUUUUUUUCAACAAGUUUUGAUCUUAUCUUGCUAAUGAUCUAGAUUCCUAUCAAGAUCUGGAAAUGUAAAGUCUAAGGAAAAAGGAAAAAAAAAGGUAAAGAAAAAAAAUUUCAUUGAAAGAAUGAAAUCAUAAAAUUAUGUAUUGUAGACUGUACAUUUUAUUAUGUUAUUUCCCUGGGAUUGUAGUUCAAUUGGUCAGAGCACCGCCCUGUCAAGGCGGAAGCUGCGGGUUCGAGCCCCGUCAGUCCCG